AUGCUGACGUCCACUCAGCCUGUCAGAAUGCUGACAUCCACUCAGCCUGUCAGAAUGCUGAUAUCUACUCAGCCUAAUGCUGACAUCUACUCAUCCUUUCAGAAUGCUGACAUCUACUCAUCCUGUCUGAAUGCUGACAUCUACUCAUCCUGUCUGAAUGCUGACAUCUACUCAUCCUGUCUGAAUGCUGACAUCUACUCAUCCUGUCUGAAUGCUGACAUCUACUCAUCCUGUCAGAAUGCUGACAUCCACUCAUCCUGUCAGAAUGCUGACAUCCACUCAUCCUGUCAGAAUGCUGACAUCACCUCAUCCUGUCAGAAUGCUGACAUCCACUCAUCCUGUCAGAAUGCUGACAUCACCUCAUCCUGUCAGAAUGCUGACAUCCACUCAUCCUGUCAGAAUGCUGACAUCAACUCAUCCUGUCAGAAUGCUGACAUCACCUCAUCCUGUCAGAAUGCUGACAUCACCUCAUCCUGUCAGAAUGCUGACAUCACCUCAUCCUGUCAGAAUGCUGACAUCACCUCAUCCUGUCAGAAUGCUGACAUCCACUCAGCCUGUAGAAUGCUGACAUCCACUCAGCCUGUAGAAUGCUGA